AAACGCAACCGUCGCUAAGAAACUCUUCCACGGCUACUUGCCUCUCUCGUCUUCCUCCCCACGCCACUCGCCACCGCGCGCGCGCCACUCUCUCGCGACUCCUCGCCACCGCCUUCGGACCACGAGAUUCCGGCGACUUUAUGGAUGAUGAAUUCGUGGGAGUGGUACAGAUCGACGGCGGCGGCGGGGACGGGGGCUGGGGCCCUGUUGGAGCAGCGGCGGGCGUCGGCGAGGUCGGCGACGGUGCCCUUCCUCCCGAUGCGGUCGCGGGAGCCGGCGGAGCCGAUGGAGUGGACGAGCUGCGCCAAGCAGAGGCGAGACUCCGAAAACUAUGCUUGGAGUACACCGGCACGGGCAGCAUGCCAUGCGCCGGCUGCUAUCUCCGACUCGAUAAAGGAAUUCCUCAUAAGAAGUUUAAGCUUCUCCUCCUUAAGGGGAAUGGAGCCAAGCGUCAUUUCGAGACAGUGCAUAAACUCGACAAGAAUAAGAAAAAUCGCUGCAAAAACUGCGGAAGCUACUUCCGCAGUAAAGAAGAAUUGCGAGACCAUAAAGACCGAAUCCAUCAAUAAGCUCACCGAGGAGGCGCUGAGGAUCUGGAAGAGCGGCUCGUACCUCCACGCCGACGAGGACGGGAGGUCCGUCUACAUCGGCAGCCUCCCCCGCGCCGGCGGCGACUCGAGGCACGGAACGAUGUGGGCCGUCGAGCCGCCGAUCGACGCCGCGGCGCCGCUGCCGCAGUACGCGCGCCUCCGCGCCGCCUACGGCCGCUACCUCGGGACCCCCGACUCCUACGGCUCCCCGCUCCCCUUCCUCCCGGUGGACGCCGCGCAGCGCGACCGCGACAGGGUGGAGAUGGACGCCAUCAUGUGGCAGCCCGUCGCGUGCUCCGGCUCCGACGUGGUCGGCGGUCGCGAUGCCCGCGGCGUCGUCCUCCUGCGCGACAGGUACGGGCGCUACCUCCGCGGCAGCAACAAUCUCCUGGCUCCCCGCCGCAGCGUCCCUGUCAAGCCCUACGUCGUGAACGAGCAUAUGUUUCGGUGGGAGGUGGUGCGUGUCCCCCUGAGUGAAGCCAGGCCGGAGCUCCCGAUCGCCGCUCAGUCCGGCUUCGUCGCGGCGUGCUUCCCACCGCUGCUGCGAGUGAUCGAGUUCGUGGGCGAAGACGACCUCGACAACAUCGGCGAGGGAGAAAUCUGGACUACGGUUGAGACCAGAGGGAGGUCGGUGAGGCUCCUGAAAGAGAAGAUCGCGAAGCUUGUGGGCUACGAAGACUUCACGAUGUGCGUCAGCGCCGGCCGCCAUGGGCAGUUCACCCCUCUGCUCAUGGAUGCCAACUUCGAGGGCGAAGAUACGUUGCUGUGGGAGGUGGUGCGCGUCCCCCCGAGUGGAGACAUGCCGGGGCUCCCGAUCGCCACUCAGCCCGGGUUCUUCGUCAGGGCGUGCUUCCCCCAGCCGCUGCGGGAGAUCCAGUUCGUGGACGAAGCCGACCUCGACAACACCAGCGAGGGAGAAAUCUGGACUACGGUUGAGAUCAGAGGGAGGUCGGUGAGGCUCCUGAGAGAGAAGAUCGCGGAGCUUGUGGGCUACGACGACUUCACGAUGUGCGUCAGCGCCGGCCGCCAUGGGCAGUUCACCCCUCUGCUCAUCGACCUGCCUCGCAGCCGGGAGACCCUGAACAUCGUCCUCCUCAGGACCAACAGCGAAGCGAAUGAUCAGAUGAUAUUCCCGAAUCCGAAUGCAUUGCCGUCAGCAGAGGCCACAGAUGAAGACAAUGCCACGAUUGAGUGAAUCCUUUUGUGCUGAAGUUCUGACAGGCUCAGGGAACUCGACAGAAGAUUAGUGUGUUGGUAUAGGGUGGAAUUUUCAGUUCAGCCGAUGCUGCAAUGCAGUUUUAUGUUUGCUAUCAGCUGUAGAAUGGCUGAAAACUCUGAAAUUUUCAGUGUGUUCAAUGGGUGUUUUUCGACGGUUUCACAUACUUCGGAAACCGGUAAAACAGGGCCUUCUAAGGAAAAUAUUGGUUUUGGUGACAA